UUGGACGUUAGCUGUUCAAAACUUCAAUUUGUCCAUCACAUUCUUCUAUCAAACUCUCUUGGUUUUUUAUAACCAAAGUUUUCAUUUUUCUCAUUGUUUUAUAAUAUUCUCUUAAACUUUAAUUUUUAUAUAUAUACAUAUGGGUGCUUGUUAUUCAACAACUGCUGCUAGAGACAAACAAGAUACUGAAAGUAAUUUUGAUUUUGAUGAUGAAGAUGAAGAUGAUGGUCAUAAAUGGUGGAGCAGCUCCAAACGUGGCUCUAAGUUCAUAUUUUCCGGCGCCGGCAGCGGGACGGAAGAGCGGUUGCUCGUCCAUGUUCCUGGUAGACUUUAUAGUAAUGGUUGUUGUACUACGGCAAGUUUGCAUACUCAACAAGGCAAAAAAGGAACUAACCAAGAUGCCAUGAUCGUUUGGGAGAAAUUCAACUCAAAGGGUGAUGCAAUGUUUUGUGGAGUAUUUGAUGGGCAUGGUCCUUAUGGUCAUAUGGUUGCUAGGAAAGUUCGCGACUCACUUCCUGUUUUCUUAUCAACACAAUGGAUGAAUACCGAUAACAUUGAUCAGAAUUGUGAAAACGAAAAGAGUAGCGUUGAAGAAGAAUUAUUAGAAGAAUAUUGGUGUGGACAAUCAGAUGUUGAAGAGACAAAUAUGAUCCCUGACAAGUAUUUGCCACUUAAAAAGUCUAUAUUGAAAUCUUUUAAGUUGAUUGAUAAAGAACUGAAGAACAAUCCUUUAAUCGAUUGUUUCUGCAGUGGAACAACCACGGUCGCUUUGAUCAAGCAGGGUCAAGAUCUUGUUAUUGGAAAUGUGGGUGACUCAAGAGCAGUGCUGGCAACCAGAGACGAAAAUAAUUCAUUGACUGCUUGCCAGUUGACUAUUGACUUGAAACCGAAUCUCCCAAGAGAAGCGGCCAGGAUCCAGGAAUACAAUGGAAGGGUGUUUGCAUUACAAGAUGAGCCAGAGGUUUCUCGUGUAUGGUUGCCCCACAGUGAUACACCUGGUCUAGCCAUGGCUAGAGCGUUUGGUGAUUUCUGUCUAAAGGAUUAUGGCUUAAUUUCUGUUCCAGAUGUCUUUUACCACCGUAUAAUUGAGAAAGAUGAGUUUGUAAUUCUUGCGACUGAUGGGGUAUGGGAUGUUCUAUCUAACAAGGAAGCAGUGGACAUUGUGGCUGCAGCACCUAGCCGAUCGACUGCUGCAAGAGCUCUUGUCGACUGUGCUACAAAAGCAUGGAAGCUCAAAUUUCCAACUUCCAAAACCGAUGAUUGUGCUGUUGUUUGCCUAUUUCUUGAUCAAAAGCCAAUGCCCGUUGCACCAGAAACUCUCGAGAAGGAAGUGCAAAAACCAAAUUAUGACCAUAAUGUAACUAAUCAAGAAGAUAACAUUGAUCAACCUACUCUUGAGCAUUCGGGUACGGUUAGAGAAUGUAGUAGUGAGAUUGUGGCUGGUAUCGACUCAGUUAAAGAAAAGCUACCCGAAAAGAGCAUUGGAGAGUCUAAAAGGAGCCUAGCCGAAUGCAUAUCAACCUCUGAACAUGAAUGGUCAGCUCUUGAAGGCGUUACUAGGGCCAAUAGUUUACUAAGCAUUCCAAGGUUUUUUUCAGUUGAUAAAUUAAGAUCAGCAAGUUGGAGAAAACGGGCUCCCAAGACUUAAAUUUUUAAACAACUCUAGUUUGUGUUGAACCCCGUCGAAUUAGGGUCUUUAUUUUGUGUUGAACAUACGAAAAAACUCUAAAUUUUGUUGUUAAUGCUAGUCCUAGAACAAGAAUUGGACAAGGGAUUAAUCACCGGAAGACCAAAUGUACUUUUCGUUUUGUACAUGGUUGCCCAAUAAACUAGAAAUCUUGUUUCUAUUUUAUUUA